CUUAUAACUAAAUUAUUUUGAUUACAUCUCUAGAGUUAAAUAUGAUUAAAUACAGGAUAUUAUAUGAAGUUAUUAAAAUUAUAUCUAAGAUAUUAUCCUCCAGGUAUUAUUUUGGAAUACUUCACAAAAGGAAAGAUAAAACGGAAAAUUUUAGAUUUAUUGGACAUAGAACAAGGGACUAAUGUUGAGAUUUUAGCUGCUCAAAUUGCAAGUAAAGAACCGUUGAUUUCUCCUAAAGUAUUACCUAAGCUUUCAGGAAUACUACAGAAAAUCAAAGAUAAUUCAUUUAAGAGCGAACUGUCAAAUUUAAGUGUUCGUGGAAUUCUGAAAGGUCAUUUAUUGCCAAUAACUAAUGUGUCUAUUGACAAACACGGAACAAUAUGUGCUACUGGAAGUUAUGAUCGAACGUGUAAAAUUUGGAAUAUUUCAACCAGUAAAGAAUGUCAAACACUUAAGGGUCAUGAAAAUGCAGUGUAUACGGUUUCAUUAAACAUCCCAAAAAGGCUAGUAAAAAAAAAUUUAUGUAUUAUAAUGAUUUUAUUUUAAGUAGUUUAUAAGACGCAAUAAUUUUAAAUUGGGCUCAAUAUGAAUAAAAUAGAAUUGGUAUUGACUGUAUUUAGAGUUUUGACUGGGUCUUUUGACAAAACAGCCAAAAUAUGGUCUAUUGAUAAUGGUGAUGAGUGUUUAUGUACAAUGUAUGGGCAUACGGGGGAGAUUGUUGCGACAGAUAUUAGUGACUGCAAACAAAUAGUGGCUACAUCUUCUAUGGAUAAAACCACAAGAUUAUUCAGUACUGCAACAGGUCAGACAUUAGAAGUAUUAAAAGGGCACAUAGGUGAAGUUAUUGUGAAUCAGUUUAAUUAUGAUGGUUCUAAUAUAAUAACAGGAUCAUUUGAUGGUACGAUUAAACUUUGGGAUACACGUGUUGCCAAAUGUAUAACAACUUUAACUGGACACACAGCAGAGUUAAGUACAUGCUGUUAUAACUUUGAAUUCAGUACAAUUGCCAGCGGGUCAUUAGACAAUACAGCCAAAAUUUGGGAUUUAAGGACUAACAGUUGUCGUACGACUAUCAUUGGCCACACAGAUGAGGUACUAGAUGUUUCUUUUGAUUUGGUCGGGCGUCGUUUGGCUACAGCUAGCAGUGAUUGUAAUGCUUGUGUUUGGGACGUAAAUAAUGGGGACUUGAUUUCAGCUAUGAUAGGCCAUUCAAAAGAAGUAUCAAAGGUAUUUUGGGAACCAGCAGGAAAACAUUUAUUGACAGCCUCACAGGAUAAUAGUGCUAUGUUAUGGAAUACUGAAACAGGAGAAUGUACUCAAAAACUUGAAAAGCAUUCUGAUCACGUUUUUUCAGUAAACAUGAGUUAUCACGGAGAUGUAAUUUUAACAGCAUCUAAAGAUAAUUCUUGCUGUAUUUGGAAACCAUAGAUAUUUACUAAUAUAGAUAGCCGUUCUAGCCUUUAUUCUAAAACUAGGUAAACAAAACAUAAUAGAAGUAAUAAAAUAUGUUAUUUAAUUUAACUCAAUUAAAAAAACGGGUUAUUUCAACGUUUUGUUUACCGAGUCUAUCCAGCAUACGGCGUUAUGUUUAUAUAAAACACUUAAAUAUUAAAAUAAUA